CCUCACGAACUCCACGAGGCGUCUUGUCAUUUUCCUUCUCCUCUGUUAGCGACGCCAUUAAUGUGCUUCGUUUCUUUGUCCUCUUUAAAGUCAAAACUCGUUUACAACCCGCGAAAGGAUUCUUCAUCGGUUGCUUGCUUGUUUGUUGAAUCUUCCGGUCGUUUUCCCCACUCAAUCAUUCCACCCCCCCUUUGGUCGUCUUCAAAUCCGAAGUCGCUGUCUAAAGAGGAAUUCAUUCUGCCAAAUUCUUAAUUCAUCUCCAAUUUUGUUUCCUACUAUUGGUAAUUGAAGUUCUGAAUGGGUUUUGAUUGUUUCUGCGAUCAGGGGAAUCGUUUUUGCCUCUGUUUGUUGGUUGGUCUUAUCGCGAUCUUGAAUUUGAAUUAGAAUUUAUAGGUUUUUUUUUUUUUUUUUUUUCUAAAUUGAGAAAUGGAUGAGAAAUCGUUUGGGGGUGAAAUAACUGCGUUUCGAUUCAGUUGUUGAUUUUGAGCCUCUCUAUUGAUUGUUGGUGGGGCGAUAUGCCUCCAUGACUUCUGAAUCUGGAAAUGUUAUCGUCUUUGUUUGGCGAGUAGAUUUGGAAAUAUAUCUAUACUCUUCGCUGUUGCUUGGUCUUUUGGGCUUCGUUCGCAUUUUUUGAUUAUACAGACAAGUGAAAAUUUCUAUGACAUAGAGUUUUAGAUAUGUUUAGAGGCUAAUUUAGUGCUUAAUCUGUAAUUAAGAGAUGUAUAUGGAUGUUAUAAGACCAAGCUUCCUGUGAAGGAUUAGAAUCCAAAGAUAAAGGGUUAUUUAAGUCUGAUUCUAUUAACUGAGGUCCAUAUUCAAGCAUUCUAGGAGUCCCCAUUUCCAGAAUGGGGCCUUGCUUGUCUGUUGUAUGUAAGAGGGCCAUGGCUGGUUCCUCUGUAUCUUCUGUGCUGAAAGCAAGUAAACUGAAAGACUCAGAAAAUGGGCUGGAGUCCAAGGAUUCUAUGUUUGAGCAGCAGAGUGAAGAAGCAACAGUUCAUCGAAUUCCGGGUCGGAUGUUCUUGAAUGGAUCCAGUGAAGUUGCCUCACUUUAUACUCAACAGGGCAAGAAAGGGAUGAACCAAGAUGCCAUGAUUGUAUGGGAGCACUUUGGCUCAAGAACGGAUACAUUCUUCUGUGGAGUUUUUGAUGGCCAUGGUCCUAACGGUCAUCUGGUCGCGAAAAGAGUGAGGGAUUCUCUGCCCCUGAAACUGACUGCGCAUUGGGAAGCUAAUGCAAGCAAUGAGGAUAUUUCAAAAGAGUUUGGUCAUAAAACAGGUCUCAACAAUGAAAAUUCUGGGUUAGAAACUGAUUGGAAGGAAGCUAGUUCUCCCCUUAAGCACCAUGAAAUUUCUGAAAAUAUGAAGGAAUCAUUUUUGAAGGCUUUUAAGAUAAUGGAUGUGGAACUCAAAAUGCAACCAAACAUUGAUUGCUUCUGUAGUGGGACAACAGCAGUAGCUCUUGUUAAGCAGGAUCGAGAUCUUGUUAUUGGAAAUGUGGGGGACUCGCGAGCUGUGUUGGGUACCAGAGACAAGGAUAAUUGUCUUCAAGCAGUUCAGUUGACCAUAGAUCUCAAGCCAGAUAUUCCAGCUGAAGCAGAGAGAAUUCUCCAAUGCAAGGGUCGGGUAUUUGCCCAUGAGGAUGAACCAGAAGUUGCUAGGGUAUGGCUUCCAAACAAUGAUUCCCCUGGGCUGGCAAUGGCACGAUCUUUCGGCGACUUUUGCCUCAAGGACUUCGGUCUAAUUUCUGUUCCUGAAAUUUCGUAUCGGUUUCUGACAGACGAAGACGAGUUUAUAGUUUUAGCUACCGACGGAAUUUGGGAUGUUCUCUCAAACAAAGAGGUAGUCGACAUUGUGGCAUCGACCCCAGCUCGUUCUGCAGCUCAAUCAUUGGUUGAGUCUGCAACUAAAGCAUGGAGGCGCAAGUUUCCUUUUUCCAACAUUGACGACUGUGCUGUUGUGUGCCUCUUCCUCGACUCGAACUUGAUGGUAUCAGAUAUGAAUGUUAAAUCCGAGGAGGUUAGUUCAGCAGUUCAAGCUGAGACAGCCAUGGUGGAUGAUGAUGUCUCAGGCGCAGCUGGUCUACGGUGUUCGGAAAUCGUGCAAACAGUAGGAGUUUCUACAAGAACGGUAUGAUAGAAAACACUCCCACAAUGACUGCACAGAUUCUCAAAUGUGCCUUGCUUGGUUCCAGGUUAGGAUGUUUGAAGGUUGUUUUUGACCCCCACAGACUGCUCUUUAAGGCUUUUUGCUGCCAAUGUUUGUGUACAAAUUUUUAUGUGUGAAUAAACUACUUAAAUAACGCAUAUAAACUUGUGAAUCAUUUUUAAUA